ACAAGUUUCCAGUAGCAAAUCCAAAUCACUCAAAGCAGAUGACUUAGUCAAUAAUGCGAUAAUAAAUAAAUAUUUCCCUUCCUAAACAUUCCACUGCAAUAAAACGGUAUAAAUCUGAAAAUGGAGGACAUGGCGCGUUUAGCUCUGGUUGAACAAAAUGUUAAAGACUUAUGUAAGUUUAACGAAAUACUACAAGAACUCUUGCAGCUCAUCAACUACAUUUUAGAUAAUCCACACGAAAGCGAGAACAGAACUGUUAAGAGUGAAACACUAAAAAAAGUGAUAAACUGUGAGGCUUUCAUUGACUAUCUUAAAUACAUAGGAUUUCAAAAGACACAGAAUGAAUUCGUAUUUCCUAAGGAACAAACAUUGAGUAAACUAAGAGUGGCGCAAGCAGCAUUAGAGAGAAAAAUAAAUUUUUGCUAUGGGCCCAUCAAUAAUGUCAAACCUGCUGGGCUUCCGAACAAUAUGCAACAUAGAAAGAAAGUUCAGUACACACCAGCUAAUGUACUGGAAACAGACAAUGAAUUGCUGCUAAAGAUUCAAAUGCUCUUUAAUGAUAUGAUAAAAUAUGAAGAUGAAGACUUGCAACAGACAGCCAGGGAGCACAUUCCACUAGUAACAUUGCAAUUAAUGGCGUUAGAUAGAAUGAGAGAACAACAACGUAAAAUUAAAACAGGCGAAAUUAAAGGUCACGACAUGUCCUAUGACAUAGCACUUUUAAUGGAGCUACUAGGAUGGUUCAAGCAUAAAUUCUUUACUUGGGUCGAUCAACCUCCCUGUGAUAACUGUGGAAAAGCCACACAGUUUGUGAAAACCACUACAAUGAGAACUGAAACCGAGACAUGUAGAGUUGAGCUGUACGAAUGCCCAUCGUGCGGUUGUAACACUCAAUUUCCGCGCUACAACUCUCCGCGCACUUUGCUACGCACGCGCCGAGGGCGCUGCGGCGAGUGGGCGAACUGCUUCACGCUGCUGUGCCGCGCGCUCGGCUACGACACGCGCUACGUGUACGACACUACCGACCACGUGUGGUGCGAGGUUUUCGACUACGAUUCCAACAGUUGGCUGCACGUAGAUCCGUGUGAAGGCGCAUUAAACGCCCCACUCAUGUAUAGCCACGGCUGGGGCAAGAAGCUCUCCUACGUGAUAGCAUUGUCCAAAGAUGACCUGCAGGAUGUCACUUGGCGGUACACCUUUAAUCAUAAGGAGGUCCUGCGAAGACGCAGCUCGGUGAGCGAGCCCGAGCUGGUGCGCGCCGUGCUGGCGCUGCGGGCGCACCGCCACGCGCAGCUGUCCGCGCCGCGGCGCCGCUACCUCGCCGCGCGCGCGCUGCGGGAGCUCGUCGACCUCUUGCGGGAGAGACAACCCACAGACUACGAAUCGCACGGUCGAGUAUCCGGAUCAAAAGAAUGGCGAUCAGCUAGAGGCGAAGCUGGUAUCACCAGUAAAACCUUCGAGUUCGAAUCGCCAGGAGAGCACGCUGUGCAGUACAGCAGUGGAUUAGAUAGAUAUCGUGUAACCAGUAACAAGGUCGAAGAAUCCUUGAAAACUUGGGAAGCGGGCGUGUUCGAAUGCAAGAAUGUGUUCAGAAAAGUUGAAAAAGAUUGGAAACAGGCGUACUUGGCGAGAGAAGAAGGAGAAGAUGCGGGUUCAGUGGCGUGGAAGAUAACCGCUAAAGGGGAAAAUUUGGUUUUUGACUCCUUAUCCAUAAGAGCAGUAACAGCUAUUUAUGAGAAUGGCAAAAUUGACUGGACAUUACAAUUUGACAGCGAUGAACCAAUUUCCAUUCAAUUGGGUGAAUCUUCAAAGGAGUUUUGCCGUCGCUUCACUAGUGCGAUCCUGCGGGUUCGCCUCAGCGGCGGUCGAGGGGACGUAUCUUGGCAACACGCGCAAUUGUUCCGACAACCGCUGGAAUCGAACACAGACACCUUCGAAAUAAAAACCAGGCUUGUGACCAAAUAAUUGUAACAAGAAACAGGCGCGGGAAGAUAUCAGUCAAAAUGUUCGGAUGGUGUCAAAAUUUUAUGCAAAAUUACUUUUUAUUAAACCUAUGUAUUUUUUUAUUUCAAGAAAUGUUUUAAUAUAAAUAGUUAAAAUGUAAAUUUGAAUGCAUAUUUAUAAUCUUUGAAUUUUAAAUUGAUUGCAGGUGACGUUCGCGCUACGAUCGUUAUAAAUUUAUAAAUAUAAAGAAAAGAUUUUUUUU